UCUCUGAAAGCGAUACAAGCCUCAACGCGGGGCUUCAGGGGAAAGCUGGCGUCCGUAUUCGACACACGCGUCGGAGGGGUCGUUCAUAACAACAGUAGGAGUGGGCGAAGAGACGGAACCAGAAUUUGACCCGUCUCGUUAAUGCAGUAGACGGGGGCGCCACUGAGGCGGUUUGUGUGAGAGAGUGCGGAGAUGGAGGUUGUCGAACAAGCCAGAGAGGCCUUCUUGUCCGGGAGGUCACGACCCCUGAAGUUCAGAGUUCAGCAGUUGAAGUCUCUGCGCAGGCUGUUCCAGGAGAGAGAGGAGGAGAUCGCAGCUGCGCUUAAACAGGACAUCAACAAGAGCCAGUAUGACCUGCAGCUGUUUGAGCUGAUCGGAAUCCAAAGUGAGAUCCGAUUGGCCAUCGAGAGGCUGGCGGAGUGGGCGGCGCCCCGGCCCGUGGAGAAGAGUCUGCUGACUCUGACGGACAGGGUGUUCAUCCAACCAGAGCCGCUGGGCGUGGUGCUGAUCAUCGGGGCCUGGAACUACCCCUGGGCCGUCACUCUACAGCCCCUCAUCGGAGCCAUCGCUGCAGGAAACGCAGCAGUGGUGAAGCCAUCAGAAUUAAGUGAGAACUCAUCCAAGCUAUUGAAAGAGCUACUUCCUCAGUAUUUGGACAAGGAGCUGUACCCCGUGGUGACGGGGGGGGUCCCAGAGACCCAGGAGCUGCUGAGGCAGCGCUUUGACCACAUCUUCUACACGGGGAACCCCGCCGUGGGCAAGCUGGUGAUGGAGGCGGCAGCGCGUCACCUGACCCCCGUCAUCCUGGAGCUGGGAGGGAAGAGCCCCUGCUACAUCGACAAGGACUGUGACAUCACAGUCGCCUGCAGGCGGGUCACCUGGGGGAAGUUCACUAACUGUGGCCAGACCUGCAUCGCCCCCGACUACAUCCUGUGUGAGCCCAGCAUCCAGGACCGCGUGCUGGAGGAGAUCAGGACCACACUGCAGGAGUUCUAUGGCGAUGACCCCGUGACCUCCCCGGACUAUGGACGCAUCAUCAACGUGCGCCACUUCAGGAGGGUGCUGGCCCUGCUGGAGGGCAGUGAGAUCGCCCUCGGGGGACAGAGCGAGGAAUCACAGCGAUACAUCGCCCCCACGGUCCUGCGGGACGUGCGGCCUGACUCCAAGGUGAUGCAAGAGGAGAUCUUCGGCCCCGUGUUGCCCAUAGUAACCGUCAGCGGGGUGGACGAGGCCAUCAGCUUCAUCAACGCCAGAGAGAAGCCCCUGGCCCUGUACGUCUUCAGCUCCAGAAAAAGAGUGAUAAAGCGAAUGAUCGCGGAGACGUCCAGUGGAGGAGUCACAGCCAACGACGUCCUGAUGCACUACACCGUACCCUCUCUGCCCUUCGGCGGCGUGGGCGGCAGUGGGAUGGGCGGCUACCACGGCAGGCACACGUUUGACCAGCUGAGUCACCAGCGCUCGUGCCUGCUGAAGCCGCUGGCGCUGGAGGGGCUGAACCGGGCGCGCUACCCGCCCCAGGGCCCGGCCCGGAUGCGCAGGGCCCGGCUCUUCAUGCAGACGCCCCUGUGCCGCUGCUGCCAGCCCGGCUGCGUCUGCGUCUGCGCGGUCCUGGCCUCCAUUACGGCUCUGGGCCUGCUGGUCGCGCUGCUGGUGGUGCUGCUGAAGGACACUCCUGCCUCCUGAUCUCUGUGGUGGGAGUGGCUGUUCCUGGUCUGUGAGGUCACAGUGGGCCUGACGGCGGGCCGUGUUGCUGACACGCGUGUCGCCCGUGUGCGGGACCCGUGCCCGCGGGGCUUUAGGGGUCACGUGAUCACAUGACCGCGGGACAAUAACGUCACACUUACCCCCCAUGUUUACACGGCAGCACUUAUUCAAAUAAAUAUCACCAUGCAUUCCUGCGGUGACUGCUCUGUCGGCACUCCCUGGACUGUCUCUCCUCUCGCUCAUCAGUAUGAACCCAGCCUUAAACUCAACCCCCUGAAACAAAGGUGCCAUUUAAAAUCAUCAGCUGCUUUAUUAACCGGUUAUGUGCAGAGCAGCAACUAAAACCAGCGGACCCUGACGCUGUCUGAGAUGCCUCAGUGUGUGAGAGGCCAAUUGUGUGAGUGUGAGUGUGAGUGUGAGUGUGUGAGGCGAUUGUGUGAUUGUGUGAGUGUGUGAGAGGGUGAUUGUGUGAGAGGGUGAUUGUGUGAGAGGGUGAUUGUGUGUCA